GAAGCCACUGAUCGCUGCUUCUGUCUCACACGGAGCGGUGAGGACACCCAGAGGACAAGGACGCUCUCUAUGGACACUUUGACUUUCUUCUGACUUCUUUGGGAAAGAAACACAGACUCUCGGUUUCGGAAAAUAUUUUGAUACCAAUUUGUGUUCGGAAAGUCUUUUAGUUUCGUUAAUCAGGUGCAGAGUUGAGUUGAGACGGUGAACGAACAACUUGUUUGAUUAGUUGGGAUCUCUCCGGUACAAUGAGUUGGACGCAGCUGAUCAGGAUGGUGCUCUGUGCAGCGACCUGUGUCCACUCUGCUGCUGCUCUGCCUGAUGCAGGCUGUGAAGGAGACGACUGCAGCAGAGGCCACCAGACCUCCUCUUCGUCCCCAUCCUCCUCCUCCUCCUCUCCUUUAUCACCCUCUUUAUCUUCUUCCGUGGUGGUGAAAUCCCAGCAGUCCUCCCAGGACUUCCUGGGCCAGUUUACCCAGGUGAGCUCGCCAAAUAGCGGGGACCGUAAACACCGCGACGCCAGCGCCGUCCUGCCCUUCAUCGGCCUCACGGACAGUGCUGAGCAGAGUCGCAGCUGCUGUAAGAACGGAGGGACCUGUAUCCUGGGCAGCUUCUGCGCCUGCCUUCCGUUCUUCGCGGGGAGGAGCUGCGAGUACGACCAACGCAUCAGGAGCUGUGGUUCCGUUCCUCACGGUGAAUGGGUUCAGAAAGGAUGCUCCUACUGUCGCUGCGGUUACGGCGUUCUGCACUGCUUCCCCGACGUCUUCCAUAAAGACUGUGAUGACUCGGAGGAGGUACAAUGGUAUCGUUCGUCAGCUGUUGGUACAGUUCGGCCUGGCUGCUUCCUGUAUCUGGUGCUGCUUCCUCCACUGCUUCUGCUCCUCUGAUGUUUUAAAAAAAAAAAUGGAUUCUGGACACCUCCACUGGGAUUCAUGUGAAACACUGAGCUGUGAACUAUACAAGAUUUCUCAAGCUGUUUCAUCAGGACUAAAGAUCGGUUUCCAAACAUCAUCUUACUACAGAAUAUCUGGAUUUUCAACCCAUAAGUUACACUGUGUUCUGGUUUAGGGGGACCCUCUGCAAUGUUGUGGUUUAGGGGGACCCUCUGCAAUGUUGUGGUUUAGGGGGCCUUCUGCAAUGUUGUGGUUCAGGGGGACCCUCUGCAAUGUAGUGGUUUAUAGGGACAUACAGAUGGUCUUCUGCACCUAAAUUGAGCUGUUCAUGGCCUCGUCCCAUUUAGACUCCAACACAUGAAAGAUGAGCCCAUGAAAUGUGAGGGGAUCUUUUUGAGGACCGAAGAUUGAAAGUACUUGAACCGUAUCACUGGACCAACUAUAACAUUUUCAAGAAUCCAGUAAACCGUUUCUUCAAACAAGGAAAGUUGCAGUUGCAUCUGAACUAAUACCAGUUUUCUCCUUGCUGGUCUUCUUGUCUCAAGAGAUGCUUAGCAAUGUGUGUAGAUGUCUUUAAAAUACAUCCCUCCGCUUGCAGAUUACAACAUUUCAGGGUUCAGGUUUAUAACUUGUCAGCUUCACACAUCAAUUCAUGACCGUGUCUCUUUUAACAGUUUAACAGUGAAUGCAGCAGCGACUGACGUCCAAACUCUGCGUCUUAAGUGUCUUUAAACCUUUCUGUCCGGUGAGACGUCGUCUGUGUGUCUAUGGUGUCUCGAAGAACAAAGUGUAUAUGAAGGAAGCUGUACAUAAGAUUUUUAUGAAAAGUAUGUUGUUGUUUUUUUUUUAAUUCUAGUCUCUGUAGCUUAAUGUGAUUU